GUUUGAAGAAGGACAAGUUAUCUGAAGCAUUUGAAUACUACAAAUAUCGCUCCCUAGCCAACCGGAGAUUUAUUGCAGAGUUGGAUUUUCCAGUGUCUCGUUUGAGUUUUGAUCAGUAUUAUCAUUCAGUAAAGAAGAUCAUUCAAAGCAAGUAACAAGUUGUUCAAGAUGGUGCAGUUUUCAUUACUAAUCAAUGGCUUGGCAAAGAAUAUUUCGACUAAGAAUGGGAAGAAAAAGGUUGAUGGUGGAAAGGAAGCUGCAGAUGCAUUGGCUAAGGAGGCGAAAAAAAGUAAUCUGUUGUCAAGUUCUCCUGGAUAUGUCAGCGUUGGAGGGUCUGAAAAUUUCGCCUCUGCCUACUCUAAGAGAGGAAGGAAAGGAGAGAAUCAAGAUUCCGUUAUAGUGUGGGAGAAUUUUGGAUGUCAAGAAGACAUGAUAUUUUGUGGUGUUUUUGAUGGACAUGGUCCUUGGGGUCACCUUAUAUCUAAAAGGGUCAGGGAUUCGAUGCCUUGUUCUUUGCUUUGCAAUUGGCAAGAAGCUCUAGCCCUAUCACUUUACUCUGGUGAAAGCCUUCAUCAGUUCAGUACAUGGAGACAAUCUUACUUGAAGACCUGUUCUGCUAUUGAUCAAGAGCUUGAGCAACAUCCCGGGAUUGAUUCUUUUCACAGUGGUACGACAGCUCUGUCCAUCGUUAGACAGGGCGAUGUCUUGAUUAUAGCAAACGUUGGUGAUUCCCGGGCAGUUCUGGCAGCCACCUCUAGUGAUGGUAACUUGGAGCCAGUUCAGCUUACUAUUGACUGUAAACCCAACUUGCCUCAGGAGACCGAGAGGAUUACACGAGCAAAAGGGAAAGUAUUUUCUUCAAGUGAUGAGCCUGGGGUGUAUAGGAUCUGGAUGCCAAAUGGAGAGACACCAGGAGGUCCAGGAUUAGCGUUAUCCAGAGCUUUUGGCGACUUCUUUAUUAAGGAUUUCGGUCUUAUUUCUGAGCCAGAAGUGACACAGCGGAACAUAACCAGUGAUGAUCAUUUUGUUAUAUUGGCUACUGAUGGGGUUUGGGAUGUUAUCUCUAACCAAGAAGCCAUUGAGAUUGUCUCUUUAGCACUGGACAGGGAAACAUCUGCCAAGAGAUUGGUUGAGCAUGCUGUUCGUGCAUGGAAACGCAAGAGGAGGGGUAUUGCAAUCGAUGAUAUCUCAGCUAUCUGCCUUUUUCUUCACCCUGCUUCGUCGUCUUCUCAGGGAGACUCUUUAAGUUGCUACAAGAAAUCAGCUGAUACUAGCUGAGGAAAGAUCAAAAAUUGGUUGCCAUUGUUUAUUACAAGCUCGUUAAGAUUGCUAUUAUAUUUUUGUAGAAUUGAACGAUGAUCACUUUGAUGAUUGAUCAUCUCAUAUCA